CAGUUUUCCACUCACUCUCAUUCGCACCGGAUUGUGCAGUAUGUAACGCUCUCGGAUGGUCGGUCGUGUCGGUCGGUCAGUCCCUCGUUCCGUCGUCUGUCUGACACAGGAUCGGAUCCGGAAUAAGAAAAAAUAUCGGCAAUAUUCCCACAGUCGUGUCCACCGUCGCCGCCGUGGAUUACUCGAGGCGUGACAAAAACCGGAGUUCUUUUGGAUACAAUUCUCCAGCAGAAGAACUAAGAACCGCAUUUUGUGUUUCGUCGAAGUUACUUCGAAGCUCUUCUUCAUCGGUUGCUCUGGAUACUGUGCUGCGCUGCUGUAACUUGAUUGUGAUAUAAAUUUAAGUGAUUUACCAAUUAGACGGGGCGAUAAACGAGAAACAAACCGCGUAGCGAAAGGAAAAAUUAGAAGAUUUUUUUUCGUUUUGGCAUUCUAUUCGAUUCCGACGAGGAGAAAGCUGUACUCCUCACGAACAAGACGUGUGUGCAUUAGAGAAGGGACCGUCUCGCGGAAGCCUCAAGCGGAAAAUCCUACCGCCCGAGAGGAAGAAAACGAAGAAAAACUGCGAUAUAUUUAGAGUUUUAGUUUUUCGAACUUCUGCCUACUAGGAUCGAGUGUGCCGUCGCUGCUGUCUGUGCCGUCUGAGGAGGAGAGAGUCUUCUGUCUUCGUACAAGCAGGCAGGAAGCAAAAAUUCAAGAACGCUGCAAGAACAGGAGCAUUUUUCCUGACCUCACCUUUUGAGUUCUACAUGCAAUUUUCCAUAUUUCGACACGCGAGGCCGAAAUAAAUCGUUGUUAUUCUCUCGAAUGGUGCUCUUAAAUAAGUUUAGUGUUGUCCAAUAUACUAAAAUCGUGUCCUAGGCAAUUGACAUUAAAUUGUGUGAUCUAGACGAAUUUUCGCGAAAAAAGUGUGAAAUCAAUCGGUUGGUUAGAAGGAACAGUAGCGUAACAAAAUGGGUGCCUCUUUGCGGGACUUUUUGUCCAACUUCAUCGAAGACGGGCGGUGAGAGACGUCCGCAGUGUGUGGAAAUCCCAAGUAGGCCACCAUCACCAUUCUUGUCAGUGGGUGCGUUAGUGUGAGAGAAUUUUUCCGCGAGCCCCAUUGUUGUCUCAUGUGCUUGAUCGAAUCGGGAAAAACUCUGCCGAACACUCUCGGGAAUGGAACAUAGCCUGAGCUCAUCCGUCGAUGAUGAUUGAUGAACCGGGAAAAAGCCGAGAAUAGUCAUUAAUUACUGUUUUAUCAAUAUCCCGCUGGGUGGAAAAACACAUAAAAUUUCCCGGCUGAAGGGCGUCGCGACGGAAGGCAGGUGGCCGGAAAAGCUGCAGUUUGGCGAAUACAUGGACGAAGACACUGUGUGAAUAAGUGUGAGCAAGGAGCUAUAGAGUGAGAGCAACGCAGUAGGCACUGUGAGAAGAUACUCGCCGAAGAGUGAAACCUACCGCAGUAGGCUGGGUGUGGGGUGGUGGUGUGGUGGUAUGGGUGUGUUGUGAAUUUUCCGCUGACAAUAGACGGAAUGUUGUCCUAUAGUGCGGAACGGCGACGACAGCGGCAGCGUGAAUGCUUAGUAGCAGGUCCUCUGUCAAAAUAGAAAUAAACUGCGGCUUCAUGCUGGCUUCUCAGACACAGUCGGCAGCUCGGAAAGCAUAUAUAGAAUCGCAUAAAAACAGUGAACAACUCUGAAGUGUGGAAGUGGCGCACCGGAUAGGGCGCGUGUUAAAGAAUAGAACGAAGACACACGGAUUACUUACGGACGGACGGAUGGGUGAAGAAUCUUACGGAUUGGGAUUUAUUUCGGUGAUGCUGUUAUUCUGACUCGUUUAAGUCUGGCCUUCGACAAGUGGAAUCUUAAAAUGGACGCAGCGACAGCACUCAGUAGUGGCAGAUGGAAUCUACAACAAUGCACUGUUUAUGCAUGCGGCUACAUCACAUGUCGGCAAUAUUGUCCAGGUCCAGACAGCAUCCGGUAUCAUAUACGAGGGAGUGUUUCGGACGUUCUCGCCGCAGUUCCAGAUUGUGCUGGAAAUGGCACAUCGCAUUGAAGUCGGCCCAGACAACGAAAGCAAAAUCCUUGUAGAUUCGGUCGUUGAUCGGCUCAUUUUUAAGCCCUGUGACAUCGUCAGUGUUGCUGCCAAAGACGUCGACCUAGACUUCGCCACCAAGGAUACAUUUAAGACGGACACCGCCAUCUCCCGCUUCAACGGUAACGGUCGUCCCGAAGAAGGAGAACUCGUUCCGUGGGUCGAAAGCGGAGCACUGAACGGCGAUUGUGAGUUCAACCUAGAACUGGACGCCAACGCCAAUGGAUGGGAUGCGAAUGAUAUGUUCCACAAAAACGAGACGAUCUACGGCGUACAGUCUACGUUUGAUCAGUCACUAACCGGCUACACGUUACAAAUUACGAAAAAAGAUUCGGAUGAUUUCAAAGCCCAGGAAACGGAAGCAGAACGAAUCGCCAAUGAAAUAGAAAAUAAUCCAAUUUACAAGGACAGAAUUGACCUGGAAAACGGUGACGAAGAGUCAGCCUUUGCAGCUGUUGUUCGGCCGGCUAAUUCCAGCCCCCAACCGUCGUCGACGGCGGCAACAGCCGCUUCUGCACAAAGUUCUAAUAGUAUGAACGAUAAGAGUAGCACUAGCAAUAAUAAUACAGUAAUGCCAUCGAAUGCAAAAUAUAUAGUUCCGGCCAAACGCAAGCCCGGUCAGGUUGGUAAGUUGACUGUCCGCAGCACACCGCCACCGUUGACGAAUAACGGUGGACCGCCAUCGCAGCAGCAGCAACCUCCGCCACAACAACCGCAGAGCCCACAAGCGCCACACAAAAACAGUUAUCCGAACAUGUCAAUGCCUUCGCAGCAGCAACAGCAACAGCAGCAGCAGCAGCAACAACAACAGGCACAAUCUCAGCCGCAACAACCGCCGCCCAGUAAUCAACACAGUGCUGGCGGAAUGCAGCAACAACCCCCGCAUGCAUCACAGUAUGUGUACAGUCACGUGCAACAUCAACCACAUCAACAACAGCAGCAACAGCCACCGCCACAGCAUGGCCAGUCUUCGGUUGUAAAUAGUAACAAUAAUAUGAACAAAAUGAAUGGCGACGGUGGAAGGGACAUGUCGAAUAGUAGUACCAUGAAUGUAAAUAGUAACACUAAGCCUUUGCCUCAGCGUACCAUGCGGCAAUAUCCGAGUGCGGCCACGGUUAACUAUAACGAACCACCGCCAUCGCUAGGGCCGCAGCAAAUGUCUGGCCAGAUGCAAACGAUGGGCAAACCCCCAAUGCAUGUUACCCAUCCACAUCAUGCAACUCACAUGCCUCCCCCGCCAGUCGAUACUCAACAGAUUCAGCAACAGGUGGUAAUGCAGCCUCAUCCAGUGGUACUCUCCGCGCCGAUUAUCAGCGUACCAGGUCCUGCUCCACCACAGCAGCAGCAAAUGCAACAACCUCCACCACAACCACAGCGCCAGGUCAUGGACAAUUUGCGGAAAUUCGGCCAAGACUUCAAAUUGGCCGCUCCUCAACAGCAACCUCCCAUGCAAAACGUUCAUCAACAACCACCUCCCCAGCACAAUGUCCAGCAAAUGCAACAGCAGGAUCACACCUCACCCAACCAACCGCCGAUGGAAUCUUCACCGCCAAUCUCACAAAAGCAUUCUGAACCAUCGCCGCAUCAACAGCAAAACCAAUCUUCCCAGACUCCUUCAGGAAUUGUACACCAACCUCAACACAUGGUUCCAACGCAACAACAACAACCCCAACAACAGCCCCAAUCUCAACCUCCCCAACCACAACAACAAAUACCACAGCCACAAUCAAUGCAACAAUCUGCAACAAGCUCGCCGCCACAAACCGCCUCGUCGGUUCACAGCAGCAGCAGCACCGGAUCGAUUAGUCAGAUCAAUACAUCCACUAGCAGUAAUAGUAGUGCCAACAGUUCUAGUGUUGGCAACCAAAGUCAAAACAGCUCUGCUGGGGAUACCAGCACAGGAAGCUCCAACGUGGACGGUACGGCAAAGGUGCCCCCGAAAAAGACUUUCACUCUGAACCCCGCGGCCAAGCCGUUUACACCUCGCAGUCCUAGCACUCCUAACCCGUCGCGUCACACGUCUUCUAGCCCACACACCCCGCAGACGCCCGGUCCGGUGAUGCAGCAGCAACAGCAACCGCAACAGCAGCAACCGCAGGGCAACUAUCCGGCCCAGCAGCACAUGCCCACGCAUCAGCAGAUCUACGUGCCGUACGUGAUGCAACCGCAGACCGCAUUCCAGACGGCACAGCAGCACCCGCAUCCUGGACAGGCGCGCAUCCGGAAAGUGCCGGUUCCAGCAGCCUCCCAGAUUCAGGUCGCAGCAGCCACCGGUCAGCCGCUGAUGACGGGUCCCAUCCAAAUGUUCCCGCCGUACCCGCCCAUCCAUCACCAGCACUUCCAGGCAGCGCCAUCGUUCCCGCCUCGGUACGUGUACCACGAGACGGCCCAACCCACUCAGCUGCAAUAUCUGACGCCCACCCCACCUUCAACGACACCCUCUCCUGGUCAACCGCAUCAGCAGUACCACCACGGAACGCAACCCUCGCCAGCAACGGCCGGACCACCUACGUACGUUCCGGCCCACCAACAUCAGCCCCCGCAGUAUCCGGUGGUGUGUCCCAUGGUGGCCGGGCCACCACAAAUCAUUCCCACACUCUACCAGAACAUGACCCAGGCGGCUCCUCCCCAAAACCAUCACCAGCAAAACUUACACGUGAUGCACGUGGCGCAGCAUCCAUCCGCUCAGUAGCAUAAGUUCAAUGCCGCCAGCAGCAACAACAACAUCAGCAGCAGCAGCAGUAGCAACAGCCACCAUCAUCAUCAUCAUCAUCACCACCACCACCAAAACAACAACCACCAUCACCAUCAUCCGGGCGCGACGAUCAACAGCAGCAACAACUCCGGAUCAACAAUCGCUCACGGCAGCAUGGCGUACGGCGGUGGGAAGCCGAUGAUCAAGAACUGAUGAGGAACCGCGGCGUAGGUUUGUGUUUCUGGUAGUUCAUUGUUGAAUGUUUGUGUGUGUGUAUCAUUGCGUGUGUUAGGAACCGACGUACGUGUAGUACUACUAUUGUAAAUUGGUCAGAAGAAGAAUCAGAGCAUCGCGAGUCGAAGGCCACCCGCUCUUCUAGAAUCAGAAGAGCAUCACAAUACCCUCAGUCAGCAGAGUAGCUUCUUUUCUCAGUCGUUUGAUUGUUUUGCGCGGCGCAGCAUAAGUUAUAGUACUAUUACUAUUGUAAACUCUAGUAAGUAGCUAUGUCAAAACUGUUAAGAAAUGGACAGGCGUGCUGUCGACGCAGAGAUGGAUGGUGAUGGAACGAGGGGUAGUGUUGCAUUUUCUUAUUUAUUUUUAAGUGUUUUCGGAGCCGCGCAGGAGGUGGUAGACAUUGUACGCGAGAGAAACACACAAAACACACGAGAAGGAGGUGAAGAUACCUAUUAGGAAUUAUCAAUUUCAUUGCCAAGUACUAGUAGAAUGUGGCUAGGCCAACGGCAGUGCUAGGAAUAAACAAAAGGCUAGAAAGUGAGUUGCGUAGCGAGUGAGGACAAAGUGAAAUGGAAGGAUGAGUUUUGCAAGGAGCGGAGGAAAAGCAAAUAAAAAGAGCAUUGUAAAAUAGCAGAAGUUCUAUGAAUACAUUGCACUAGGGUCCUGAAAGAAACAUUGGGAAGAUGGAAUUAGAGCCUUGGAAUGGAACUUUAGACGAAAACUGUCUGCUACAAAUCAAUAAUAUUAGUUAGGCCCUAUUUCUGGUGUUAUUCAAAAUUAAUGUGGUCCCCAUUUUCGUAGAAACGGAAUCGUUUAUUUUCUUAUUUGUAGAUACAUGCUUUAACAAAGUUUUAGACCAUUACAUUACAAGCAACUUUGCCAAAAAGUGUUUUUGUAGCUCUUAAAUUGACCGCUUUAGAGCUUCUUUCCUAUGUUGACAUAGGCUAGUACAUAGAAAACUGCUUUUCGAGCUCCAGCGUUUCUAAUUUCAAUAUAAUCGAAAUAGUCUUUAGUCACCUUAGACCUUUAAAAACUCAUUAUGUUGAGAGAGAUAUCUCUUUCCUUUUAAGAGGUAUUGUUAUUUUUCUUGCAAUAUCAUAUUAUUAUAUAUUUUACGAAGUUUGAUUGGUCCACAACUUUGCUAAAACAUGUAUACCAUAACUUCUACAAAUAAUAAAAUGGGUUAUUUCUUUCCUAUCAAAAUUUGGACCACCAUAAUUUUGAAAAACACCAAACAACAAGCCUAACUAAUACAAACUACAUAGUACAAGCCAGUUUUUGUCUAAAGUUUCAUUGUAAAGCUCUAUUUACAUCCGCGUAAAUCUGCUUUCUUUACCAUAGCGCAUUGGGAGAUGAUAUGGAACGUUUUAAAACGCUGAUUUUGAGAGCAAACAUAGAGGUUAUAAGUUAAGUUCUGACAGGUGACAUGUACGAUGAUGCUGGGAAGUCAAGGAAAUUCCUAUUACGAAAAGAUCCUGAAUCGACCUGGAAUCGAACCCAGCUACUUUCAGCAUGGCUUUGCUUUGUAGCCGCGGACUCUAACCUCUCGGCCCCUGUCGAGCUGACAUUAUUAGCAAAUCUGAUAAAUGAUAUUUUAAGAAGAUAUUUUUCUUUAUUAUGAGAUUUUCAGUCCUAGGCUGGUUCAUGUCAUUUUAAAAUCAUCAUCGUUUUCGAAAAAUAUAAAAACUGAUACUUUUGUUUUCUCAAAACCAAAGCAUUUCUUAUAACAAUUUUUUGCUGGUCAUCACUUCUGGACAUUGGACAGUGAUGAAACGCAUAACGAAGUACCUCACGAGUGUAAACCAAUGCAAAACAAACAUAACAGACACGCGAUCAGACUUGGUUUGAGAAAGAAAUAAAGUUCGCGAACAUUUACUCGCGAGUAACCGAA